UGGCUGAUUCAAAUGCACAAAGGUAUCAAGUGAGUGGUUUGCCGAUAUAGAGAAGAUGGAAGCUAAAUCGUUGUGGGUACUACUCGCUACACUUCUGUUUAUCAUACAAGGCUGGCCUCAGACUGAGGGGUGCUUGGAGCAUGAGAGAAUUGCUCUCUUCCAACUCAAAUCUUUCUUCAAUGACCCUUUCUCUUUGAAGGAUUGGGUGGAUGUGAAGGGUUCGAAUUGUUGUCAAUGGGAAGGAGUUAAGUGCAACAUCACUAGCAAACGAGUAAUAGGUCUGGAUCUUGAUUCCACACGUAAACGGUAUUCAUAUGGGUAUCUCAAUGUCUCUUUAUUUCUUCCAUUUGAGAAAUUGAAAAGUCUUGAUCUGAGUAGCAAUGGAAUUAUAGGUCUUGUGAAUAACCAAGUAUUUUUAUCAUCUGCUUUCAACAACUUAGAAACGCUUGACUUAUCCCACAAUAACUUGGAUGCGAGUAUCUUAUCAGGUCUUGUGAAUAACCAAGUAUCUUUAUCAUCUGCUUUCAACAACUUAGAAAUCCUUGACUUAUCCUUCAAUAACUUCGAUGCCAGUAUCUUAUCAAGAUCUGAUAUAUCUUCAGGGUUAUCAAAUUUAAAGUCUUUGAUUAUUAGCCAAAACGGAUUGGAAGGGUCAAUAGAUAUUACAGCAUUCAAUAAUCUCACCAAAUUGAAGAAGUUGGAUAUGAGUCACAAUUAUGAUAUUGAGAGACUUGGUAAGUGUCCAUAUAUUUUACUUUAUCAAAUUGCUACCUUUAUUAUACUAAUAUCUAAAUGCUUUGUAGAUGGUAAAAGGCUUAAUUUGACAAAUUUAGAAGUGCUUAAUUUGGAUUACAACUCUUUCGAAAAAAGUUCAUUGGCACAGCUUGGUGGGUUUUUCAAUCUAAAGAAAUUGAAUAUGCAGGAAAACCAGCUUCAAGGAUCAAUAAAUAUUAAAGUGUUGAAUAAUCUGACAAAGCUAAAGCAGUUGGAUUUGAGUAGCAAUAAAAUUGAGAACCUCCAAUCUUCUCAUGAUGGUGAGAGGCCACUUAAUUUAACCAAUUUAGAAGAGCUUACAUUGAAUUCCAACUCCUUCACAAACAGUUUAUUGGCACAGCUUAGUGGGUUUUCCAAUUUAAAGUCGCUGGAUAUAGGGUAUAACCAGCUUAAAGGAUCAAUAAAUAUUAAAGAAUUAUUAGAUGCUUUAAGCAACUUAGAGGAGCUAGACAUAAGCGAGAAUGAGGUGAAGGAAAUUGUGCCCAUAAAGAAUAAAGACAAUGGAAGUUUGGGAAAGCUAAAGGUUGCUAGAUUAAACAGUGUGUUCACCGAUGGAACUGCUUCUCUAAUACAGCUUCUAGAGACAUUCUCAUCUGUCAACACAUUAUAUUUGAGUGAAAAUUACUUCAACGACACCUUUUCUACUCAAGAUCAAUUGCAUGGAUCGAGCAAAAUAGAGGAAUUGGUGUUGGAUUAUUCAUCUCUCAACAACAACAUUCUUCAAAGCUUUGGUGGACUGGCUUCUCUCAAAGCCUUGUAUUUAGGUUCCUGUGGGUUGUCGACAUUACAUACCCAAGGAUGGUGUGAUUUACGGAAGCUUGAGACGUUGGAUCUUAGUGAAAAUUCUCUUGGGGGAGCACUCCCUUCAUGUUUGGCAAACCUGUCAUCUCUUCGUUAUUUGGAUAUUUCCGGUAAUCAAUUCAUCGGAAAAGGUGCCUCCCCCGCUCUAGCCAAUCUCACAUCGCUUAGAUUCAUGUUUCUUUCACGAAAUCUAUUCGAAGUUCCAUCAAUUUUCAUGUCAUUUGCCAACCACUUACACCUCAAAGUCCUCUUUGGCGAUCAAAACAAGUUAGUCAGAGAGCCUACCAUUCAAACAUGGGUCCCAAAGUUCCAACUAAAAGCCUUCCUUUUCUCGAAUUGCACAACAAAGGAACUCCACAUUGAAAUUCCAAAAUUCCUCUACUACCAAAAUGAUCUGAGUAUGGUUGAUCUUUCAUAUAAUAAUUUUGUAGGGAAGUUUCCUUUUUGGUUGUUAGAGAACAAUACAAGAAUGGGAGCAUUUUUAAUGGAGGGUAACUCUUUUAUGGGCCAUCUCAAUCUUCCAUCUCAUCCGAAACCAAAAAUGUCCAUUGUUGAUAUAUCUGGCAACAAACUAGAAGGUCCAAUUCUAGCAAGCGUUUGUUCAAUCUUUCCACAACUAAAGGGGUUAAACCUAUCAGACAAUUUCUUUCAAGGAAAUAUUCCUCCUUGUUUAGGUAGUUUGAACACUACAUAUUUAAUAUUAGAUCUGUCACAUAAUCAUCUAUCAGGUGGAAUACCAGAAAUGUUAGCUCAAAGUGACUCGUUGGAGCUUCUUAGGUUAUCAAAUAAUGAUCUAAGUGGGAAGAUAGCCCCAACGAUCUUUUGCUCACCUUCAUUACAAUUUUUAUAUUUAGAUGGCAAUAAGUUUGAUGGAAAUAUACCUGACAUUGAUAUCUCAACAUGUCAUCCGUAUAGUCUUACUGAUAUGGAUUUAAGUAACAACAAUUUGUCUGGAGAGCUCCCAAGAUGGAUAUGGAAUAUGUCUUUAAAUGCAUUAGCAGUAUCCAACAAUCAGCUCAAGGGUCUUAUUCCAAAGGAAUUGUGCCAUUAUACCCUUCAAAUUUUGGACCUUUCAAAAAACAAUUUUUUUGGCCCAAUACCAUCUUGCUUCAAUGCACACAGUCUCAAACAUCUCCAUUUGAGCAAAAAUAGGUUAAGUGGUACCUUGACAAAUGCAUUCUUUAAUAGCUCUUCCUUGGUGACUUUAGAUCUUAGUGAAAACCAGUUGACUGGUGAAAUUCCAUACUGGAUUGGAAAUCUUUCAACAUUGAGUGUUCUCCUUCUAAAAGCCAAUUAUUUUAUUGGAGAAAUUCCCAUUGAGAUAUGUAAAUUGUAUUCAUUAAGCAUCAUAGAUCUUUCUCAAAACAAGUUUUCUGGUCUGAUACCUUCUUGUUUGAGUCGUUUAACUCUUGAGCCAAAUGAUAAAAAAUCUUCGACAAUACUCUAUGCGUUGGAUUUUGAUGGAAUCUUGGAUUUUGGAGGAAUCUUGGAGGGAGCUAAUUAUAUUGGAAUGACCAGAUGGGAUUUGUCCGAUUCUGGAUUCGAUCUACAUUUCUUUAUUGAGAAUCUAGAAGAAAAGGUGGAUUAUACAACAAAGGGAGCAUCUCGCACAAUCAAAGGAAACAUUCUUGAGUACAUGUCUGGAAUUGAUUUAUCAUGUAAUAGAUUAACAGGUGAAAUUCCCAGAGAGAUUGGAAAUUUGAGUGAAAUCCGAUCACUAAACUUGUCACACAACAAUUUGACUGGACAUAUACCGUCAACGUUCUCAAAGCUCAAGCAAAUUGAGAGUUUGGACCUGUCUCACAACAACUUAAUUGGAAGAAUCCCUGUUCAAUUGACGGAGUUGUACGCCUUAGCAGUCUUCAAUGUGUCAUACAACAACUUGUCAGGGAGUAUUCCGUCUCCGAAAGCUCAAUUUGGAACCUUCGACGAAAGCAGUUACGUGGCGAAUCCUUUCCUCUGCGGGUCUCCCCUACAUAAAAAUUGUAGCGACCUUGAUUCACCCCCGACAGCAGCACCAAAGAGCUCAAACGAGGAAGAAGAAAGUGGUUUGAUGGACAAGUAUGUUUUCUGGGUGACCUUUUUUGUUUCUUACGUAAUUGUGUUACUGGUUAUUGUUCUCAUCCUGUAUAUAAAUCCUUAUUGGCGACAAGCAUGGUUUUCUUUUGUUGAACACUGCAUCAAGACCUGCCAGUAUUUUAUUGAGGACAAUCUUCUAUGAUUUUCCAUCUUCAAAAGAAGUGGGUAGUCUUGUGCUUUGGUGGUUUACAUUUGUAUGUAAUUUUUUUCAUGUGUCUCUAUUUUUCAAAGUUUGAUGGGGUUAUCUGCUUUUAAGUUUGUAGAGGUAGAAUACAAUAGCUCUGUGAUGUAAUAAUUGCCAGUUUAGUAUGAGAAAACAAUAUAUAAAACUAUGCAUUUUCAGUUAAAACAUUUAA